AGCGCUUCCAGUAAUUAGGAUGCACCUCAGGUGGACACUCACUGCUCCUUUGUGUCUUCUAGUGGGUUUCCGGCGGCUCCCACGGGUGCGUUCGGCGGUUUAUAUCCACCCCUGGACUUCAGGAAGCCUUCAAAGCGGGCGUUCUUCACACAUGGAUCUGUGCGUGACCAUCAAGGGCGUCUCGUUCCUCCUGCAGACGGGUCUGGGGAUCCUGGCCAACGCUCUGGUGCUGCUGGCCUAUGCCCACAUGUCUCUGACCGAGGCUCAUCUGCAGCCGGUGGACUCCAUCCUGAGCCACCUGGCCUUCGCCGACCUGCUGCUGCUGCUGACCCGCGGCGUGCCGCAGACCAUGACCCUCUUCGGCAUGAGGAACCUGCUGGACGACGCUGGCUGUAAGGUGGUCAUAUACGUGUACCGCGUGGCCCGAGCGCUGUCCGUGUGCGUCACCUGCAUGCUGAGCGUCUUCCAGGCAGCCACCGUGGCUCCGGGGCUCUCCGGCUUGAAGCUCCGGCUCCCGCGGCUCGUCGUUCCCACUUUCGCCGCGCUGUGGUUCCUCAACAUGGCUGUCUGCAUAGCCGCUCCGCUCUUCUCCGUCGCCCCUCGAAACGGCACCGUCCCGCCCUUCACGCUCAACCUGGGCUUCUGCCACGUGGACUUCCGUGAUAACCUGUCCUACGUGAUCAACGGGGUGGCCGUGUCGGUGCGCGACUUCGCCUUCGUGGGCGUGAUGCUGGGCUCCAGCGGCUACAUCCUGGUGCUGCUCCACCGGCACGGCCGGGCGGUGCGGGGCCUCCGGCGCUCGCAGGGGGCCUCGAUGGAGACGCGCGCGGCGAAGACGGUGGUGAUGCUGGUGGUGCUGUACGCCGUGUUCUUCGGCAUCGAUAACGUGAUCUGGAUCUACAUGCUGACGGAGCCGCGGGUGUCUCCGGUGGUGGCCGACAUGAGGGUGUUCUUCUCCUCCUGCUACGCCGCGCUCAGCCCGUUCCUCAUCAUCUCGUCUAAUAAGAAGGUCAAGGCCAGGAUGGUGUGCGCGAGCUCCUCGCCGGACCAGGAGCGGCAAGCCGAGGACCCCAAACCUGCCAAAGACUGAGCUUAACGCAAACUCUUGUAAAUACUGUGAACAUAUAACAUCUUAUAAUACAAGAUAUUAUCAUAUAAAAUGAUGUAAUGUA